UUUCUAGAUUUCUCGAUUUUGUUGUUUGUUGUCAUGGUAUUGCGGUGACUUUGUUCAUUUAGUUUUAUCUACUUUUGUCUCAAAAUUAGAGUUUACUGUCGUAUUAGAAAUAUCCCAGUUAUACUAAAUCUAAGAACUAUAAUGGCAAACGAUCCAGAAAGAUUUGAUACAAUGCUUCUUGCUAUGGCACAGCAGCAUGAAGGCGGCGUAAAAGAUCUCUUGAAAACUAUAGUUGGAUUUCUUGCAAGAAAAACAGACUUUUUCACUGGCGGCAAAGAAGGUAACUGGGAACAAGUUGUUAAAGACACAUUCUAUGAACAUGCAAAGAAGGCGCGUGAUGAAGCAAAUAAAAUAAGGAAAGAGAAGGAAGAAGCUGAAAAGAGACUCAAAGAUAUCCAACAAAAAAAAGAACAGGAAAGGCGUCAACAAGACUUUGAAGCUGCUACUGUUACUGAAAUCUCUGACCAAGAAGCUAUCAAAUUGCAGGAAGAUAUUGAAAAAGACAAAAAGCAAAACGCUGAACUGGGUAGCGGCGAUGAUGGAGAAGCACAGGCAGCCGAUUCACCGGAAGAUGACGAUCCUAAAGAAAAAGGCAAGUUGAAGCCAAACUCUGGAAAUGGAUGUGACCUUGAAAAUUAUAGAUGGACCCAAACUCUAGAAGAAGUUGAGUUGCGAGUUCCUCUACGGCAGAUCCUGCGUCCGCGCGACCUCAACGUAGUCAUCAGCAAACGGCAUCUUAAGGUCGGCGUCAAAGGUCAGCCUCUUAUCAUCGAUGGUGAGCUUGACGCCGAUGUCAAGAUAGAAGAAUCCACAUGGGUGCUACAAGAUGGACGGAACUUACUGGUUAAUUUGGAAAAGGUGAACCAAUUGAAUUGGUGGCGCCGAUUAGUGACUACGGAUCCAGAAAUAUCUACUAGAAAAAUUAAUCCAGAGCCAUCUAAAUUAUCUGAUCUAGAUGGGGAAACCCGAGGUCUUGUUGAAAAGAUGAUGUAUGAUCAAAGGCAAAAGGAGAUGGGGCUUCCCACUAGCGACGAACAAAAGAAACAGGACGUCCUCAAAAAAUUCAUGGAACAACACCCAGAAAUGGAUUUCUCUAAGUGUAAAUUUAACUAAAAAGCUAUAGGUUACUU